AUGUCGGAAGAACAGAUGGUGCCGCGGGCAUCUGGCCGCACCACAAUCUCUGGCCGUCCACGGAGACGAGCAGUCGAGGCCUGUACCUUUUGUCGCAGACGCAAGAUCAAGUGCAAUAAUGAACAGCCAAUCUGUGCUAAUUGCAAAAUCUACGAGCAAGUUUGCAUUUACGUCCCGUUGCACCCGUCGGCCGAACCCAAGGGAGCUACUGCCGCUGCCACCUCCUCUCACUCCACGCGGUCCAAAGCUCGUCCCCGGCGAACCGUCAAGACAAGGCCGUCAGCUAGUCGUGAGACGCCUACGCCACCACCGCGCGAAAGGCUGUCAACCGAGAGAAGCGGCCACGAUGACGCCGAUGAUACCGGCGCCGUCCCCGUGGAACAAAUGGGCCAGAGGCGGGUCGAUGGCGACUCGAGUGAGGGCCUUCCCCAGCCCGGCCGGGGUGCGAGUGUCUCACGCGUCACCGUCGCCUCCAACAAUGUGUCCAGCUACCACGGCCAUACCAGCACCCUGUAUGAGGAGCAAGCACCAGAACGCGAAGCUCGUCCGCGUGUUCCCGAUGACUGGGUCGAAAAGGGCCUGGUCGCCGAGGCCGCGCGCCAACGCCAGCUCGAGGAGUUCAACUUUCACACCGGGAGGCUCGAUUUUGACGAUGUAGACCCUGACCUGGGCAUGCACCUCCUGAACCUGCACUGGAAUCGUCAGCACCACUCAUUCAAUAUUACGUACCGGCCAGCCUUUAUGCGGGACAUGGCAUGCAGCGGGCCCUACUUCUCCAAGUUGUUGCUAAAUGCGCUGUACUUUGGCGCGUCGAAAUUCUCCCCGCGUCUCGACGUUAGAAGAGACCCGAGGGACGUCCGUACUGCCGGAUGGAAGUAUAGAGAGCGUGUCCGUAAGCUUUUGGGGACUGCACUGGACCGGAGCGACAUUACAACAAUCCAGGCACUGCUCAUCAUGUCCAACUCGCUGUUUGCUUUGGGCGAUGAGCGAAGUGCUGCGUGGCUAUAUGCGGGGCUGGCUAUCCGCAUGAUCAUUGACCUGGGCAUGCACGUAGAUGUGGAGGACCGGAGAAGCACACGAAGGUUUACCGACGAGGACUUGGAAAUUCGGAGGCGCGUCUUUUGGUCUGCAUUCAUCGUAGACAAGAUUCAGAGUCUCUACCAAGGACGGCCCAUAACGUUAAAGGAGUCAGAUACGCUCGUACCUAUCAAGUUUCUCGACACGUACGAAGAGUUCGAGUACUGGAGGCCUAUGGCAUUCAGCCUACAGAGUAUCGAGUACCCGGGAACGCCAGCUUACAGUGUAUCGACAUUUACCGCGCUAUGCCGCUUGUCUGUCGUGAUGGGUGAUAUUCUAAGCGGCGUCUAUGCUGAGCGGACGUUUGACAAAUCCCCCAAUGAGCUCUCAAAGCUUCUCGAGAACCUCGACAGCAAGCUGAAAGCGUGGAAGUCGUCACUACCAAAGCACCUGGAGAUGGACCCAGAGGAUGUCCUAAAGGCAACGCCACCACACGUGUUUAGUCUCAAUGCCAUGUACAACGUUCUGCGCAUCCUGCUCCACCGCCCUUUUGUUGCAGACGGCCAUCUUUAUGGCAACUUGCGAGAUAUUUCAGUCAAGUCCUUCAUGACCUGUGUUUCCGCUGCAGACCACAUUGUCAUGCUAUUACGCGCCUAUGACUGCGCGUUUGCAGUUGCGCGGGCACCGUACCUGAUAUCGUACGCUUGCUAUGUUGCGGCCACGAUUCACGUGCGCAUUGCUGCCAAGAGAACUGCCGACUCAGAGGCAUACAACAGCCUCGCGACGUGCCUUGCCAUAUUCAACCGCAACCAGGAGACGAACAAGGCCAUUCAACGAGCACAGCACAUCAUCCAGGGCCUCAUGAAGCGUCUCGGCGUGCCAGAGCCAAGUCCAGAGAUGAUUUCGGGCUGGAGCGGGAAGCAAGACCUGGCCGCGCGCGGAAUGUCAGGACCCCUCCUCCCGGACAUGUCACGGGUAAGCAGCCAGAGGGUUGACAGCCGGCCGCGCAAUCCAGAGACUUCCGAACUCCAGCACCCAGCAGCCCCGCCUACUCAGCUUCGGGGCUUUGCACACGGUGUGUUCGAAGGUGCGGUUUCCCCGACCGUAGGGUGGUCAGACAUUGAUGGCAUCAUCCAGAGCUUUGUCCGGGCUCCAGAGGCCAUACCCCACGGAAUGGACCUUGCGUACCAGUUUUCUGGAAAUGCCGCGGAUGCCCAAGAUGGCGUGUCACAUAUGCAGGGCGGUCCUAGUCUCAACUCCGGGGUUUACGGCCUGGCGAGCAGAGACAAGGAGAUGCCGUGGCCGGCCGACAUGGUGUAUGGAGCAGCGUCGACGGAUGAUUUGCUGUUUGGCCUGAAUGGUGCCGCACUCGACAGCUUUCAAUUCUAG